AAGCGAUCGUGGGUUCUUCUUCUAGAAAUCUCUAUGCAGGAAUUGGAGAAGGUCAGUCUACGUCUAGGCCACCACUCUUUGAUGGCACCAACUAUUCCUAUUGGAAGGAACGGAUGAGAAUCUAUAUCCAUUCCACCAACUUCCAAUUAUGGUUGGUCAUCAAAAAUGGAGAGCAAAUCCCAAUGGAGAAAGUAGGAGAAACCACAGUCCCAAAAACCGAGGACAAAUUUGAUGCCGAGGACAUCAAAAAGGUGGAGAACUACGCCAAGGCAAUCAACAUGCUAUAUUGUGCCGUCAAUCCUGAUGAUUAUCGCAAGAUCUCUUGCUGCACCACUGCAAAAGAAAUGUGGGACAAGCUGGAGGUCACAUAUGAAGGUACGAACCAAGUUCGGGAAGCCAAAAUUGACUUCCUAACGCAGGAGUACGAGAUGUUCAGAAUGAAGGAAGCCGAAAAGAUCGAUGACAUGUUUGAUCGGUUCUCAAAUAUCAUCAACGACCUUUAUGCACUCAAGAAGACCUACGCCAACAAGGAUCUUGUGAGAAAAAUCCUGCGAAGUCUCACACCCGAAUGGAGAUCAAAGGCAGAUGCAAUCUAUGAAUCCAUCGGAGUCUCAAAUGUCACCAUCGACGGGUUAAGAGGUAAUCUCAAAACUUAUGAAUCUACUAUCCUAACCCCAUCUUUGGAUGAACAAAAGAAGAAGGGAAUAGCGCUGAAAGCAACCAAGGAGACCAUAAAAGAAGCUUCAAGCGAUGACGACAACGAGUUCGGACUCGUCAUCAAGAAAUUUCACAAAUUCAUGAAGAAGGAAUUUGAACGGAAAGGAAGAAAGCACGACGGUCCCCCAAAGUGCUAUGGCUGUGGCGAGAGAGGCCACAUCAAGCCAAGAUGUCCAAAAGGCAAAAGCAGCAAGGACAAACCUGGCUUCAAAAAGCAACGAGCCUAUAUCUCAUGGGGUGGCGACUCCGGCGACGAGUCAACUGAUCAAGAAGAGGAGGAAGCCGCCAACCUCUGCCUCAUGGCGUAUGAAGAUCAAACCGACGUCAUUCAAGAGGUAUGUACCAUUUCUUCCGACUCUUAUACUUUUGAUGAAAUGCAAGAAGCACUUCAUGAGCUUUAUGACGAAUUUGUUAGUGCUUCUAAAACCAAUAAAUCACUAAAGAAACGUCUUUCAACCCUUGAAAAUGGUUUUGAAAAGCUGGAAAAAGAUAAUGAAAGCGGAUGCUCAAAGCACAUGACCGGGGAUGCAUCCAAGUUUCUGCAAAUCAAACCCGCUAAAGGAGGAAACGUAGUUUUUGGAGAUAAUAGCAAGGGAAAGAUCAUCAGCGUCGGUUCAGUAGGUAAAUCUGAAAACUCCUCUAUAGAUAAUGUCUUGCUUGUUAAAGGUUCAGAACUGGCUGAUAAUCGAUUGUCUACUGCUGAUAAUCGAUUAUCAUGCUAUGCAGCUUCUGCCCCCAAAGUCUCGUAGACUGUGAUAGUCGAUUGUCACCCUAUGACAAUCGAUUGUCAAGUUGGUUUGUUCAGAAAGUCCUACGUUCAGAGAGCCCUGAUAAUCGAUUAUUGCCUAUGUGAUAAUCGAUUAUCAGGUGAACCAGCUCUGACUCAAGAAUCCGCAGGGCCUGAUAAUCGAUUACCACUUAUGUGAUAAUCGAUUGUCACACUAUGCUGGAUCAACUGAAGAGUUCAGCGUGACCUGAUAGUCGAUUAUUCCGUUUUGUAAAUCGAUUACCAAGGCACGCUGAUUCCCAUUUUG